GAUCGUCUACAUUCAAAAAGUCGCUCACCCCUGAGAUGCCGGGUGGUUCUGGGCAGCCAGGCUCGCAGACGAUAAAGAAAGGGCACAGAGGAGUGGACUCCACGGGCGAGACUACCUAUAAAAAGACGACAUCAUCUGCCUUGAAAGGUGCCAUUCAGCUGGGCAUUACACACACGGUCGGCAGCUUGAGCACCAAACCCGAAAGAGACGUUCUCAUGCAAGAUUUCUACGUAGUAGAAAGUAUUUUCUUCCCAAGCGAAGGGAGUAACCUGACGCCAGCUCAUCACUACAACGACUUUCGGUUCAAAACCUACGCCCCAGUGGCCUUUCGCUAUUUCCGGGAGCUCUUUGGGAUCCGACCGGACGACUACCUGUACUCACUCUGCAACGACUCCGUUUCAAUCCAGGAAGGAGCAAAUAACUCCUGGAACUGGCGUGGGAAUAUCCAGAACGGCUUUGAAGGUGUUUCUUUGUCUUUGGCAUUUCAGAAUUUGAACCAGAACCCGAGGACGCUGCUGCCAAAGUUUUACGGCCUGUACUGUGUCCAGGCCGGAGGCAAAAACAUUCGCAUCGUCGUGAUGAACAACCUGCUGCCCCGCUCUGUCAAAAUGCACCUGAAAUACGACCUGAAGGGCUCCACCUACAAGCGCCGAGCGUCCCAGAAGGAGCGAGAGAAGGUUUUCCCCACCUACAAGGACUUGGAUUUCAUGCAGGACAUCCCCGACGGUCUCUUCUUGGACUCAGACAUGUAUAACGCGCUCUGCAAGACGUUACAGAGGGACUGCUUGGUCCUGCAGAGCUUUAAAAUCAUGGAUUACAGUUUGCUUGUUGCGAUUCACAACAUGGACCUGGCCCAGCGGGAGCACGCGCUGGCGGACGGGACGUCCCAGGCCGACAUGCGGCGCCCCGCUGCCCAGAAGGCCCUUUACUCCACGGCCAUGGAAUCCAUCCAGGGAGAGGCCCGGCGAGGUGGCACCAUCGAAACAGAUGACCAGAUGGGCGGCAUCCCAGCCCGCAACGCCAAGGGGGAGAGGCUGCUGCUCUACAUCGGCAUCAUCGACGUCCUGCAGUCCUACAGGUUUGUCAAGAAGCUGGAGCACUCCUGGAAGGCCCUUGUACACGAUGGGGACACCGUUUCUGUGCACAGACCCAGCUUCUACGCCGAAAGGUUCCAGCGGUUCAUGUGCAACACGGCGUUCAAGAAAAUCCCCCUGAAGCCUUCCCCCUCUAAGAAGAGCCGCUCUGGCACGGCUGUUCCUCGGCGGAGCUGUCAGGGAGGAGUGCCUUCCCAGUCGCACACGUCGUGCGAGACAAAAGCACAAGUAACGACAGAGGCGGAUGUAGAGCAAGGUUCCCACCUUGGUCGCCCAGAUCUCCUGCCCAGGACCCUGCCCGUAGACGAAGCCAACAGCGACUCCAUCGCCACAACCCUGUCCACGUCGUCCUUGGGCAGCGGCGGCCUCAACUCGCCCGCCAACAGGUCAGUGGGCGUACAAGUGCACAAAGCUGACAGCUCAGCAAAGGAUUUGACUAGAACAGCUCCUGGCAUCUUCCUGCCUAGCGGCUCCCCGGGGCCUUCCAUACCCGAGCGCUCCGCAGAGCUGAGAGAGCAGCUCGAAGACCUGCAAGAGACGGAGAUAAGCUUUUGAGGCGACGCCGAAACCGCUGCGAUGGAAGCAAAUUGUUCUGUGCUCUGCGUGGUCUGUGGAGUCUGACAAACGUUCAGCCCCUGUUGCUGAUUUUUUUUUUUUUCUUUUUUUUAAAAAGUAAUCUUCUCUGGACAGAAACCUAAAAGCUGGAAGGCUGGGCUAGACUUAGCAGGAUAGGAUUAACAAAGACCGAGGCAGCGCAGCUGAGCCUCGGACACCUGGAAGUCUCCUUAGAGCAGAGCCCGCCGCUGUGUCCCCGCUGUCCUCCUCCUGCGAGGGUGGCGGGAGGAGGAGGAGGAGCUGCUCCGCGUGGGCCGAAGGCCUCUGGAAAAGGGAUCUGACUUUCAGGGAGUUGGCCGCUUACGCUGCCGACGCCACAGACCUUGCGAGAACGGGCGACUCCUCGGAGUUCCUGGGCGGGAAACGGGCGUUAGAGCCUCGCUGGGGCAGCUUGCGACAGAGCGAUGUGGUUUUAUUUUGUAUUUUCAACAAGUUUUUAAUUUAAAUGUUUCUCUGAAUUCAGUCAUAUCACUUCUUUUUAGUCCUGCAAUACGGCAAUUUUUUUAAUUUUUUUUU